UGGGACGCUACUCAAGAUGGCGCAGACAAAUCAACUUCCGGAUCAGGUUUGAUGUCUGCGUCCGUCCUGUCUCCAUCGCCGUGGGGACGCGUCACUCUGGUGUGUAGACUCCUCCUCCUGGCCGCCUCCCCGCUCCUCGCAGCAGGCCGCCUCAGUAACUGCACCCACCCUCUGGUGCCGGAGCAUGGGGGGUUCCGCUGUGACCCGUCUCCGUGCCGGGGGUUCCCCCAGAAGAGCUCCAUCCACUUCUUCUGUGAGCCCGGUUACCAUGUCAACAGCAAGGUGCGCGUCUCCAGGUGCCGACACGGGAGGUGGAUGCCCCCCAUCCCCGCCUGCACCCCUCUCAGAGAGGGUCCGAAGAUGAACUCUGAUGACCGGGGGAACGACUCGAUGCCCAGCAUGGCCACCACGGCGGUGGGCGUGUCCAUCUUCCUGCUCACCACCACUGCAUGCUUGGUGGUCAAGUCCCGCCUCUACCCCUGUCAAUCACACAGUAGGCGCUCCUCGGACCAGCUGGACCUGAUGGUGGACGGACUUCCUGUCUCUCUCCCCUCCUACGAGGAGGCGAUGUACGGCAGCUGGGGGCAGCGCCUCCCCCCCUGCUCAGUGCCAGGACCCACCCAGCUCCUAUUGGCUCAGGAGGCUCCCAGCUGUCACCCGUUGUCCCUUGUCAGCCAAUCAGACGGCGGUCAUCGCCCGCUUCUGUCCAGCCCCGACAACCCCCCACCCCCGUACGAGGAGGUGCAGUCGUCCCGUGGCAGAGCCAGGAGUGAGGGGGGGCUACAUGUGGAGGACAAGGACCCCUGAGGGACAGACGGGGGGCUUCAGGGGUUCUGAAGCAUUUGAUUGACAGCUGCAGGGUUCAUCCUGCAGAUGAAAACUGACUGACCGCAGACUGCUGCACUUUACCAGCAUCAGGACACUCUGUCCAACCACAAGCUAGUUUUGAUGAAGCUCAUAAGCUCUGAUUGGCCGCCUGUUGGGUCACAAAGAUCUGCAGAGGACUGAAGGGUUGAUUGUAUAAUGUGGUGUAGGAAUGUAAAUGGCAGAAGAGCUGUCUAACCUUUAUAUCCUGAAUGCCUUGUAAGGAAAAUGUAUUGUGUUUUUAAACAAUAUUUUAAAUAAGAAUCCUUCACUUUUAAUAUAAAAAUAAUCACUCUGAAUUUGAGAUUUUCAUAUGGCUGUGUGUGUGUUUUCAGUGUUACUCUGGAGACGUCGCCCAUCCUUCCCCUCAGUGACGGGGCAGAUCUUGCUGUUUUUAUAGAAUCGUCUCUCUUAAAGCCAGUGUAAUGUGCAGCAGUGGUGGAAGAAUUACUCAGAUCCUUUACUUCAGAUAAAGUUUUCAUACCAUACUCCACUUCAAGUAAAAGCCAACGCAUUUCAAAUCUUACUUAAGUAAAGUAUGCAAUGCAUCAUAUUCUUAAACAUGCUCACAUAUUUGUAUCCUGAUGUCCUGUGAGAACCACAUAUCUCUAAACAGGCCACUUUCCACACGUUCCUCAGAUGAACAGCCCUGUUUCCAGCGCUGUAUGCAUUUGACCGCUUCUAAAAGCCUUUUGAAAAUGUAUUCAGAUUAAGAAGGGGGACAAUCUCCCCAUGGUAUAAAGGAACUUCCACUUUCAGUUUUUCACAAACAUUCAACAUCAACACAUGUAGAGGGAUGUGGUUCUCACUGGACAGGAAGGGGUUGAAGAGUGUAAUCUGAUAGUAUCUAAAACUGUACAAUAUUUACCUCUGAGGUGUAGUGGAGUAGAAAUGAGUACAACAUUGAAAAAAACAUGUAAUGUUCUUACUGGAGUAAAUAUACUGAGUAAUAUUCCAGCAGUGCUGCUCAGAUAUCAAAUGAUUUCUAUUAGUGUUUCUACAGUGUUCAUUCUGUGCUGAGUGAAGUCAAAGAAUAUUUGAAUUAUUAUCUGAAUGCACAGUAAAAAUGAUCUGAGAUACAUGUUUGGCCUUGGUGGCAGGGUGCUCUUACUGGUUUCUCUCAGAUGAUGGAGUCAGUGGUUUCCUGGUGAGACCCUCACCUCUGACCCUCUGUGACGCCUUCUCAGACCCUGAAUGUAUUCUGUGUUUCAUGUUGUGACAACACAUUUUAAAUAUGAUAUGGAUUGUAAUAUCUACAGAAAGAUAAUUUGUACAUUGUAUUAUUGCACAUAAUGAUAUGCUGAAUAAACGUUUUUAACAUCCCGGUCUGA